AGAUCAGUGUUACACACUUAUCGACCUCUUAUCGUUAGCCGAAGACUGCCCGAACGGGUAUAGCCGGCGUUAGCUAAUUGAAGCAGCAUCCUUGUUUCGUUUCCAAGCUGCUCAUUACUGGAAAAGGCGCCGCUGCAGCCUUUGUGCUCAUUCCCACUGGUGAAAUUGAAGUGACGUACCAUAACCACCAUUCACCGAUUGUACCCUAAGUAUACACACGCUUAUGCUCACAUGAGUACUCUCUACCAGCCAACGCGACAAUUGCACCAACCGAAGAAACCAGCUUCUGCCAUUGCCAGCCGAUCCCAAAGCAAUGCCGUACCCGUAACGCGCUGCUAUAGCGAUCGCCUCCGCCCGCCAAGUACAUGAUCUUCGGCCAUGAAGGUCUCGGAUGUGGUCACCGAACUCGAGAUGGAGCUAGAAGAGUCGCAAAACCAGCGAGAUUCGCGUAUUGAGCACCUGUGGAAGAAGCUGGACUUAGAGCAGAAAGGCAAGCUCGACUGGAAGGGCUUGCAGAAGGGCCUGCGAAAGAUCGACCACCCUCUCAAGAAUGCUGAUGACAUGCUAAAAACCAUCAUCAAGACCGUGGACACAGAUGGUGAUGGCAAGGUUUCAUACGAAGAGUUUAGAGUCUUUGUAGAGGCCACAGAACGACAACUCUACCUGCUUUUCAAGUCUAUAGACUGCGACAACAAUGGAAGACUGGACAAGAACGAGCUACAGCUCGCAUUUAAACGUGCUGGUCUUGCUGUGCCCAUGCGCAGAUUGAACACCUUCUUCGAGGACAUCGAUAUGAACAACGAUGGCUACAUCAGCUUCGAUGAGUGGCGAGAUUUCCUGCUCUUCAUGCCUAGUGAUGAAGCUAAGACGACGCUCCAUGCGGUUUUCACCUUCUAUUCGGAUAUUGUUACACUCACAUCGGAGGGCGAUUCAGUGGUCAGCGACGAAACACUAGAAGGCUUAGGCUACUUCGUUGCCGGUGCCGUCGCGGGAGGCAUUUCGCGAACUGCAACUGCCCCUCUCGACCGACUGAAAGUCUAUCUUCUUGUCAACACCAACAGCGGUACAAAUGUCGCCAUUGACGCCGCUAGGAAGGGUCGUCCUGUGGUGGCUAUGAAAAAUGCUGGUCGGCCUCUCUUCACAGCUGCACUCGACCUUUAUAAAUCGGGAGGGCUUAGGGGCUUCUUCGCCGGCAAUGGUUUAAACGUCAUCAAGAUCAUGCCUGAAACCGCUAUCCGAUUUGGUGCCUAUGAAGCAGCCAAGAAGACUCUGGCAAGACUCGAAGGCCAUGGCGACACACAGCACAUCAACCCAAUUAGUAAAUUCGUUGCUGGUGGGGUAGCUGGCAUGACUGCUCAGUUCUGUGUUUACCCGUUGGAUACCCUCAAAUUCCGACUCCAGUCGGAAUACGUACACGGCGGCCCUCGUGGCAACAAGCUCCUAAAGCAAGUGCUUGUCCAUAUGUGGGCUGACGGCGGUACCCGCGCUGUAUAUCGUGGUGUUACCAUGGGUCUGAUCGGGAUGUUUCCUUACUCGGCCAUCGACAUGGGAACCUUUGAGUUUCUCAAGACGUCGUACAUUCAGUACAAGGCUAAGUCCCUAGGCAUCCACGAAGAAGAUGCAAAACCCUCUACCUUUGCCACAGGUAUCAUGGGCGCAUCCUCUGGCGCAUUUGGUGCCACCGUCGUCUACCCCCUAAACGUGCUCCGCACUCGACUCCAGACGCAAGGAACCAAGAUGCACCCGGCGCGCUAUACCGGCAUUUGGGAUGUCGCAAAUAAGACGAUUCGGAACGAGGGAGUCAGAGGCCUCUACAAAGGGUUAAUGCCCAACCUCCUGAAGGUCGCCCCCGCCUUGAGCAUCACAUGGAUGGUUUAUGAAAAUGCGAAGCGAAUCAUGGACUUGAACUGAGCUCGGGGCCCAGACCGGAACCGAUACCCCUCAAAGGCAAGGCAAUUACCAUUGGCCAUGGAUAGAGCGAAGCAUGUUUGAAAUGGAGGCUUGGGGUUGAACCAAUGCAUCUUUGGCAUUUCGUUUAAAAGAUGCAAGCUCGCAGUAAGCACCAUCUUGAAUGCCAUUCGAGACACCGAGACCUCAUCGACCUAGAUGAACAAAGAUGAGGAUGAAAAAAUGAAGGAUUAGAUACAGGGUUUUUGAUAUUGCGCGAUUUGCAUUGGUUAGGCGUUUUCACGGGGCAGAGGAUGUACAUAUACAUUGCGAUUGAUGAAAGUCAUGCAAGUGACCUUUUUUUGAAGCAGCCUGAUAGCCGCAAUACCGUCCAAGCUCGUGGUGGAACCGAGCAGAUAGUCAAUAAGAUACCCUUGCUACGA